UCGCGAUCCUGCCCCCUUCCCUGUCUCUCCGUCGCCGGCGGCGGUGUCUGAGGCGGCAAUGGAGGGAUCCCAGCCGGUCGCAGCCCGUCAGGGGGAAGAGGCGUCCUGCUCUUCCUGGGGGACUGGCAGUACAAAUAAAAAUCUGCCCAUCAUGUCAACAGAUUCUGUGGAGAUUGAUGAUGCAUUAUACAGUCGACAGAGGUACGUUCUUGGAGACACAGCAAUGCAGAAGAUGGCCAAGUCCCAUGUUUUCUUAAGUGGUAUGGGUGGUCUUGGUUUGGAAAUUGCAAAGAAUCUUGUUCUUGCAGGAAUUAAGGCACUUACAAUUCAUGAUACAGAAAAAUGCCAAGCAUGGGAUCUAGGAACCAACUUCUUUCUUUGUGAAGAUGAUGUUGUUAAUAAAAGAAACAGGGCUGAAGCUGUACUUCAACAUAUUGCUGAACUAAAUCCAUACGUUCAUGUGACAUCAUCUUCUGUUCCUUUCAAUGAGACCACAGAACUGUCCUUCUUAGAUAAAUACCAGUGUGUAGUGUUGACUGAGGUCAAACUUUCAUUGCAGAAGAAGAUCAAUGACUUCUGCCGUUCUCAGUGCCCUCCAAUUAAGUUCAUCAGUGCAGAUAUACAUGGAAUUUGGUCACGGUUGUUUUGUGAUUUUGGUGAUGAAUUUGAAGUUUUAGAUACAACAGGAGAAGAAACAAAAGAAAUUUUCAUUUCAAACAUAACGCAAGGUAAUCCUGGCAUUGUCACUUGCCUUGAAAAUCAUCCUCACAAACUUGAGACAGGACAAUUCAUAACGUUUCGAGAAAUUAAUGGAAUGACAGGUUUAAAUGGAUCUACACAACAAAUAACUGUGGUAUCACCAUUUUCUUUUAGUAUUGGCAAUACUACAGACCUGGAACCAUAUUUACAUGGAGGCAUAGCUGUCCAAGUUAAGACUCCUAAAACAUUUUGCUUUGAACCAUUGGAGAGACAAAUAAAACAUCCAAAGUACCUUAUUGUAGAUUUCAGCAAUCCUGAGGCACCUUUACAGAUUCACGCAGCUCUGCUUGCCUUGGACCAGUUUCAGGAGAAUUACAGUCGCAAGCCAAAUAUUGGAUGCCAACAAGAUUCAGAAGAACUGUUCACACUGGCAACAACUAUAAGUGAAACCUUGGAAGAGAAGCCUGAAGUAAAUGCUGACAUCGUGCACUGGCUCUCUUGGACUGCUCAAGGCUUUUUACCUCCACUUGCUGCAGCAGUAGGAGGUGUUGCCAGCCAAGAAGUAUUGAAAGCUGUGACAGGAAAGUUUUCUCCUUUGUGCCAGUGGUUAUAUCUUGAAGCAGCAGAUAUUGUCGAAUUCCUAGGCAAACCUGAAUAUGAAGAAUUUCUCCCACGAGGAGAUAGAUAUGAUGCCUUACGAGCCUGCAUUGGAGAUACUUUGUGUCAGAAGCUACAGAAUUUGAAUAUCUUCUUAAUAGGGUGUGGAGCCAUAGGCUGUGAAAUGUUAAAAAAUUUCGCUUUACUUGGUGUUGGCACAAGCAAAGAGAAGGGAAUGAUUACAGUUACAGAUCCUGACUUGAUAGAAAAAUCCAAUUUAAAUAGACAGUUCCUGUUUCGUCCUCAUCACAUACAGAAACCUAAGAGCUAUACUGCAACUGAUGCAACUUUGAAAAUAAAUUCUCAAAUAAAGAUAGAUGCACACCUGAACAAAGUAUGUCCGGCAACUGAGACCAUUUACAAUGAUGAGUUCUAUACUAAACAAGAUAUAAUUAUUACGGCAUUAGAUAAUGUGGAAGCCAGGAGAUAUGUAGACAGCCGUUGCUUAGCAAAUCUAAGACCUCUCUUAGAUUCUGGAACAAUGGGCACUAAGGGACACACUGAAGUUAUUGUACCUCAUUUGACUGAAUCUUAUAAUAGUCAUCGGGAUCCUCCUGAAGAGGAAAUACCGUUUUGUACUCUAAAGUCUUUUCCAGCCACUAUCGAACAUACUAUACAAUGGGCAAGAGAUAAGUUUGAAAGUUCCUUUUCCCACAAGCCUUCAUUAUUUAACAAAUUUUGGCAAAACUAUCCAUCUGCAGAAGAAGUCUUGCAGAAGAUACAAAGUGGACACAGUUUAGAAGGCUGUUUUCAAGUUAUUAAGUUACUUAGCAGAAGACCUAGAAAUUGGUCCCAAUGUGUAGAAUUAGCAAGAUUAAAGUUUGAAAAAUAUUUUAACCAUAAGGCUCUUCAGCUUCUUCACUGUUUCCCUCUAGACAUACGAUUAAAAGAUGGCAGUUUGUUUUGGCAAUCACCAAAGAGGCCCCCCUCACCAAUAAAAUUUGAUUUAAAUGAACCUUUGCACCUCAGUUUCCUUCAGAAUGCUGCAAAAUUAUAUGCUACAGUAUAUUGCAUUCCAUGUACAGAAGAGGACUUAUCAGCAGAUGCCCUCUUGAGUAUUCUUUCGGAAAUAAAGGUUCAGGAAUUCAAACCUUCCAACAAGGUGGUUCAAACAGAUGAAACUGCAAGAAAACCAGACCAUGUUCCUAUUAGCAGUGAAGAUGAGAGGAAUGCUGCUUUCCAACUAGAAAAGGCUAUUUUAUCUAAUGAAGCUACCAAAAGUGACCUUCAGAUGGCAGUGCUUUCAUUUGAAAAAGAUGACGAUCGUAAUGGACACAUAGAUUUCAUCACAGCUGCAUCAAAUCUUCGUGCCAAAAUGUAUAACAUUGAACCAGCUGACCGUUUCAAAACAAAGCGCAUAGCUGGCAAAAUUAUACCUGCUAUAGCCACAUCCACUGCUGCUGUUUCUGGCCUGGUUGCCUUGGAGAUGAUCAAAGUAACUGGUGGCUAUCCAUUUGAAGCCUACAAAAAUUGUUUCCUUAACUUAGCCAUUCCAAUUAUAGUGUUUACAGAGACAUCUGAAGUAAGAAAGACUAAAAUCAGAAAUGGAAUAUCAUUUACAAUUUGGGAUAGAUGGACUAUACAUGGAAAAGAAGAUUUUACUCUCUUGGAUUUCAUAAAUGCAGUCAAAGAGAAGUAUGGAAUUGAGCCAACAAUGGUGGUACAGGGAGUCAAAAUGCUUUAUGUUCCUGUAAUGCCUGGUCAUGCGAAAAGAUUGAAGUUAACAAUGCAUAAACUUGUGAAACCUUCUGCUGAAAAGAAAUAUGUGGAUCUUACUGUGUCAUUUGCCCCAGACACUGAUGGAGAUGAAGAUUUGCCUGGACCUCCAGUAAGAUACUACUUCACUCAUGACACUGAUUAAUGGAAGUUGUCUUAAGGUUACUCCAGAACUACUUGAUUUUGAAAAGAAUGCACUUAAUUCAGAAGCUAAAAAAAUCAGCUCAUAAUAUUAUGGAUUUCUCUUUGAUGAAGCCUUAAUUUAAGGGAAACAUCAGUAUGAAACUACCCUGAAAAACUGUAAAACAUUUUGUAGCAUAGUAUACACUUCUCAAACAGUUCACACGUGGCUCUGAUCACAAACAACUUUGAACUGGAAUGCCAUUUUAUAAGACUUAAAGCAGAUUUGUGUAUUUACCUGUUUGGAUAAAAAGAAGGAAAAAAUAUUUAUGACCAGAGGAGAUAAGGAUCAAGAAAUUGAAAGUAACAAAUGGAACUGUCCAAAAAGUUUAAUCCCAUUUUAUGAAUUGGUUUGGUUUGUUUAGUAUUUGAAGCCCAUUUUUCUACACAAAUAGUGGCACCCUGCAACUGUCCAGUGAGUAGGCUUUGAGAAUUUAAUACCGUAUAAAGGGUAAGGAUGGUAGUGGUGGAUGAAGAAUAGACAUUUUAAAUUGUGCAGUUAGAGUUACUGUCCUGUUACCUUUGCUAGUUUAAUGAGAGUUUGUUACAUCACUGUCUCAACAAAAUCAGGAUUUUUGUUGAUAGCAUCAUUGUUGUAGGUCAGUGGACAUGUUAACUUGGACUAAAUAUUAACAGUAUUAUAUGGACUCUGACAACCCGUUUAGAUAAUCCAUGAAUGUGAACAGAUAAAUGUGACUAAUCAUUUGAUUUUUCAGUAUGCCUUCUAGUGUGGUGAUUUUAUUUAUUUAAAACUCUGAUUGUCAUAGUAUAUAAGACUAAAAGGUUUUGUGAAGGGAGUAUCCUUAGAAAUUAAAAAAUCAUCACUAGUAGGGUCUUGAUUUUUUUUCUUCCAGAAACCUAAUGAACAGAAAAAAAAACUUAAUAUUUUUAUUUUAAAGGGAAGCAUUUUAUUUCCCAUCCCCAGAGAGGGAAUUGACAAAGAUAAAAAUUUAUUUUUUUAAGUCUUUAUUGAGAGAAACUUUCUGUUUUCUGAUAUGAGCUAUUGCAAAUGUUCAUAUAAGUGCUUUUAUUAAAAUGAUGUAAACAGUAUUCAGUGCUGUAAACCCAGUGAAAACAGCAAGUGAUUCUUUUAUUACUAAGGCUACCAUGCAUUCUAAAGCAAUUGGCAUUUUAUAACUGUAGGAAAUCAUUUCCCUCUAGCUCUUUUCCUUCUACUCCCAUUCAGACCUUAAUAGGUAUUUUGAUAAAUUAAAAACCAGAUGUAUAUCAGUGUUACUUCAAUUUCGUAUCUUUUUAUACUCUGUACUUUUCUUUUAUUCCAUUUACAAAUAGUUUAAAUUGCUUUUUCAGUGAGCAUGGUUUCUUUUGUAAAAAUAUCAUCUAGUUGGGAAAAUAUAUUUGGGAGUGGAGAGUGAAUUUGUGUGAUUAAAGGAUAAUCUAUACAUUGGGAGCUGGGGAAAAGUGGACAGGGUGAGUUUAAAGAAAUGGCUACCUUUGAAAUAAGCCAUUUUUUGUUCACCAUAUCCUACUCUCUCUAGUUGUGCAAAUCCCAAGUGUAAUACUUAAAAUUAAUGUUAAUUAAAAUUGAAUCCAGGAAUAUCAAGACUCAAUGACUUGGAACUUUAGAGGAUAGAACUAAUAAAAGGACUUGUAUAAGAAGGCAUUUUUCCACUUUCACUUUGUUUUGGGCUCUUUGAAAGUAAUUGAUAUUUUCCAGGUAGCCAUCGAACAAUCCUCAUAUAUGAUGUAAUAGCUUGCUUAUAUUUUGUCCAAGUCUCCACAUCUUUUCAGAAUUAAAUGUAGAGCCAUGCUAUCAAUUCAUAUUUAUGGACAUCAAUCCUUUAGCAGAUACGAACAAAAUCAAUAAGGAUUAAGUUCAUUUUGUGAUUAAACUUAUAAUCAUUUUGUCGUUACUUUUUUUUUCUGUAGAUAAUGGUUAUUGCCAUGAUUUAUUUAGUUCUAGUAAGCUAGAAAGCCAGGGUGAAGCUAAUGACGGUUCUUCUUCUUUUAUCAAUUACUGUACCAUGAGAUCACCGUUGGUGAUUGAAAUACCAGGUGUAAAAAUUAAUGAUUUGAUUUUGUAUAAUUCCACUGAAUAAUUUUUUACUUACUAAAAAUAAAUUAAGAAAUUUGAGAAUAUCUUUGUAAAUCAUGUUCCAUAGUUGACUCUAGAGAUUCUGAUUCUGCUAUUCAUUUUGUGAGUAAUGUUGCUUUGGUGUUUCCUAAUUUUCAAAUUUUGCAAUCAUGGAGAUACAGCAGUCACUGGUUGUGGAGGGACAUUACCUGAAAGAGGUUUUGGCUCCUGGAAAUUCUUUUAAAACAGUUGGAGAGAAAUAGUCGUGACCAUGUAAAACCUAUAUCUGUUAAAUCCUGGACUACUAGUUGGGGAUUUCUAACGUCGUUUCCUUUUUGGAGUUCAAAACAGUUACGUUACUUGUCUGUAAGUUCUUCAUAAAUUGUUCCAAAGGUAGAACUUGGAAAUGAAUAUGGACCCUUUUUUAAUUUUUUUAUCUACUAUGGCACACUCUGGUGGUAACAGUGAUAGAACAUUAAAAAAUCAACUAUAAAUAUAUUUAGAAUCUAUCAUUUUAUAAUUAGUAAAAUGAAGACAGAACGAAAAUUGUUCCCUUGAGAUCUUGAGGAAGAAACGUCUUUACCUAACUUUUUCAGCUAUAACAAACAUAAUUAAUUCAUUGUGCUUGUAAAUAUCUAAUCAUUUAGUAUACAAUCUCUCGGUAUGGGUUUAACGAUUUUUGCUUUUCACAGAUUUAAAAACAAAAAUCAGAAAGUUGAAAUCAUGGGGAUCAGCAUAUCAAUUGGUAAUCUGUGUUCAUUUUUCUCUUUCUACAUCUUAGUUUUGUUUUUUAAUUAAGAAACAUAUCUUCAAACAUAUAUAUUCAGAAGAGUACAUAAAAUAUAAAUAUGUAGUUUAGAGAAUAAUUUUAAAGGAGCUAUGUAUAUAA